GGGCGUCCAGGUAGCACCUCCUGGGUGCAAAAUAAUCCCCGAGGCUGCUCAAGACAUGCAGAGCUCGGAGCAGAAAGAAGCCCCGCCGGCGACUAUUGCACGCGAGGAGGUGGAGGAGAAGGCGCCUCCGAGCUCCGCCCGCUGCGGGUGGCUCAGCGGGCCGGCCGUUGGCCGGGAAGGGGAGCCGCCAGCCCGUGUAAAUACCCGAAGGUCUUCUUCGGUGGGUAAGGCGGCAGAAAACUUUUAUCUGCGGCUCUUAGCCGCCGCCGCCCUUUAAGGUGGUUUGGACGCCUUUGCGCAAAAGCCUCUGCGUUUCGCUCGGCUGAAGAAUCCUAUUGGGAAAAGGCUCCGGUGGGCUCAGCUUUGGAUAAGCUCCGAGGGGGGCGAGCCGUCGUGGAUGGACUCCCCCCCGCCCUGCCCUGCACCUCCGUCUAUUAAGUUAAAACAAAAUAUUCGUGUUUAAGAUAGCUGCUUAAUGAGAAUAGAAUGCUCUAAUUAUCGGACGUUGGGCGCUUGUGUGUGGCUUUGGUCGUUCUUUGGCUCUUUUCCUCAAAACAGCCGAGGUGGAGAUGAUGGGAGACAAAUUGAGCUCCAGCCUUUCCGAGUUUGAAGAGCCACAAUGAAAAGCGAAAUGUAAUGCAUCGGUGACCUUGUGACUGCAGACUCCUCCCCAUGGACCAGAUGAAACAACCCAGAGCAGGAAAAAAAGGAACCACUGUACUGCCCUAUGAUAACAUUCAGGGAAAGGUCACAUUUAGUCAAGAUCUGGAUUGAAAGUUUUUGGCUACAGUGAUUUAAGAGUGAAGGGAACUGCUUGCACCAUGUCAGAAUUCUGGUUAAUUUCGGCACCUGGAGAUAAGGCAAACCUAAUAGCCUGGGACAGGAUGAACACAGUGACUGCCAAAGCCAACCUGUCCUGCAACAGCAAGUUCAUCAUCCCUGACCUCAAGGUGGGGACCCUGGAUGCUCUCGUUGGCCUCUCAGAUGAGUUGGGGAAACUUGAUAGCUUUGCUGAAAGUGUAAUAAAGAAAAUUGCCCAGUAUAUUGGAGAGGUUAUGGAAGACUCAAAAGACAAAGUUCAGGAAAACCUGUUGGCAAAUGGAGGAGCGAAGGCUAAACUGCAAUUACUAAAGAUUGACUUGAUCAGUUAUCUGACGAGGUUUGAGUGGGACAUGGCUAAGUAUCCUAUAAAACAGCCACUGAAGAACAUUUCAGAAGCAUUAGCAAAGCAAAUUACACAAAUAGAAACAGACAUGAAAAACCGAGCAGCUGUGUACAACAACAUCAAAGGAAAUCUUCAGAAUCUGGAAAGGAAAACUGUGGGAAAUCUUUUGACACGUACGCUAACGGAUAUCGUGAACAAAGAAGACUUUGUGUUGAAUUCAGAGUAUCUCAUCACUCUCCUUGUUGUCGUUCCCAAAUCAAGCUAUGUACAAUGGCAAAAAACGUAUGAAUCUCUCUCUGAUAUGGUGGUUCCUCGCUCUACGAAGAUGAUUACUGAAGAUGCAGAGGGAGGACUCUUCACAGUAACACUGUUCCGAAAAGUGAUUGAUGACUUUAAAGCCAAAGCAAGAGAGAACAAGUUCAUGGUGCGGGAAUUUUAUUACGAUGAGAAAGAGCUGAAAUGCGAAAAGGAAGAAAUGAGGAAGUUGGCUUCUGAUAAGAAGCAACAGUAUGGUCCACUACUACGUUGGUUAAAGGUGAACUUCAGUGAAUCAUUUGUGGCCUGGAUUCACAUAAAGGCUCUUAGAGUUUUCUCAGAAUCUGUCCUCAGGUAUGGCCUACCAGUGAAUUUCCAAGCAAUGCUAAUUCAGCCCAACAAGAAGUCCACAAAGAGACUGAGAGACGUCCUUAAUGCAGUCUUCAAACAUCUGGAUGAAGUAGCAGCAGCCAGCAUAAUGGAUACUUCUAUGGACAUUCCUGGCUUGCAACUAGGCAAUCAAGACUACUAUCCUUAUGUCUAUUUCAAGAUUGACCUCAGUAUUCUUGAGUGCAGCUAAUAAUUGCCUGACUUGGGAGCAUCAUUUGUCCUCUAGCAUUUUAGGAUUUGGUGGUUCACGAACAAUGAAACUGAUGUGGCAAGCACCUCCGCUCCAAGCUGCUUUUUUAAGAACCCAAGUUCUGAGGGGACCGUGCGAUUGGCGCCUUUUUUCAUGAAGGAGGAUUAAAUAACUGUAAGCAAGUAUUCAUUUGUAGUUCCCAGGCUUUGCCUGCUUUUACAGAUACAGUAAUUUUGCCCUCUUCCAUUUUGAAAGUAUUAAGAUUCUGGAGCCUCUUCUGAUCAUGUUAGAAAACAUGCUUCACAAGGCAGUUGUGUUACAGUUGUAUUUAUUCUUCUUUUUUUGUAAAUUAAAGUUCUGAACCAGGAUUUUAAAUAAAAAUCAAGCGGUAUCUGAUGGUUAAGAUGAUAAAAGUACUCCUUAAAUCUGUAACAUUUGGAAUCAGUCAAAGGUACAAACUCUUGCAUGAAAGUUAAUCAGUAGAUCAGAUUCUUAAUUUUGGGGAUGGGUGAGCUGUUUCAAUGUAGGACUUGCAAUAAAUAAGAUACUUAAUCCCUCCACUAAUCUAAUGUGUGGUGAAAAGGAGAAACUUGGCUGGCAAUAGAUUAAUAAAAUACAGUGCUGGAAAAUCUAAUCCAUUUUGACAAGUUUGGUGGAAGUAGUUUCUCUGACAAGGGCAGAGUAUAUGUGUCCCCUCUUACAAACAAGUUCAAGAUUAAUCCCUAAGUCGAAGUAAAUUUGUAACACAAACUAUAGGUAACAAUUAAGUCUGUACAUAAUUUAAGAGUGGCAAUAUUGACGUUAAUAAACUUCUCAAAGGGUAAUUGGCAGAAAUGAUACACAAAAGAGAUAGCUCUCUAUAGAAAGGCUGUCAAGUAUUUCUUACCGGGAAGUUCUGUACUACUUGCAGAAGGAAACAUUUGUUUAAUACUGGAAACUAGAUUCCUUUGCACAACCCCUCGGGGGGGG